UCUGCUCCUCUCCAUCACUCGCUCUCCUCGCCUCCCCUCCCCACGCCAACACCAACGCGGUCGAUCCUCCCCGGCCUCUCCCGCCAACUCCCACCUCGCGCGACGCACAGUUCGCCACCCGAAUCGUCGAGCUGAUCUCGUCUCCCGCGAUGCAGGCUCUCACGGCAAGCUCCCCUGUUUCUUCCUAUAUACACCACCGCGGCGGCCUCGCCGCCCCGGCCCGCAAUUCGGUCCGGUUCGCGCCCCGCGCCGCGGCGGCCAACUCGGUCCUGAGGGUCGUGCUAUCGCCGGCGUACGCGCCGUCGACCGCCGUGGCCCCUGGCCCCAUUGCCCCCGCGCCGGCGCGGGGGAACAAGGAGGCGGUGGACGGGGAGGGUGAGAAAGGCUUCAACUUCCUGCAGCGCGCGGCCGCGGCGGCGCUGGACGCGUUCGAGGAGGGGUUCAUCAAGAACCUGCUCGAGAAGCCGCACGCGCUCCCCAAGACGGCCGACCCGGCCGUGCAGAUCGCCGGGAACUUCGCGCCCGUGGGCGAGCAGCCCCCCGUGCGCGCGCUCCCGGUUUCCGGCCGCAUCCCGCCCUUCAUCGACGGCGUGUACGCGCGCAACGGCGCCAACCCGCACUUCCAGCCCACGGCGGGCCACCACCUGUUCGACGGCGAUGGCAUGGUGCACGCCGUCCGCAUCCGCAACGGCGCCGCCGAGUCCUACGCUUGCCGAUUCACCGAGACCGCGCGCCUCGGCCAGGAGCGCGCGCUCGGGCGGCCCGUCUUCCCCAAGGCCAUCGGCGAGCUCCACGGCCACUCCGGGAUAGCUCGCCUCGCGCUCUUCUACGCGCGGGGGCUCUGCGGCCUCGUCGACCCCACGCACGGCACCGGCGUCGCCAACGCCGGCCUCGUCUACUUCAACGGACGCCUCCUCGCCAUGUCAGAGGACGACCUCCCGUACCAGGUCCGCGUCACCGACGACGGCGACCUCGAGACCGUCGGGCGGUACGACUUCGACGGCCAGCUCGCCUGCGCCAUGAUCGCGCACCCCAAGCUGGACCCGGCCUCCGGCGAGCUCUUCGCGCUCAGCUACAACGUGAUCAAGAAGCCAUAUCUGAAGUACUUUUACUUCAAGCCCGACGGCACCAAGUCGGAUGACGUUGAGAUCGAGCUGGACCAGCCCACCAUGAUCCACGACUUCGCAAUCACCGAGAACUUCGUCGUCGUGCCCGACCACCAGGUGGUGUUCAAGCUCGCGGAGAUGUUCCGCGGCGGCUCGCCCGUUGUUCUCGACAAGGAGAAGACCUCCCGGUUCGGCGUUCUACCCAAGUACGCCAAGGACUCGUCGGGGAUGAUGUGGGUGGACGUGCCGGACUGCUUCUGCUUCCACCUCUGGAACGCGUGGGAGGAGCCGGAGACUGACGAGGUGGUGGUGGUGGGCUCCUGCAUGACCCCCGCCGACUCCAUCUUCAACGAGUCGGACGACUGCCUCGACAGCGUGCUCACCGAGAUCCGCCUCAACACGCGCACGGGCGAGUCCACGCGGCGCGCCGUGCUGCCGCCGUCGAGCCAGGUGAACCUGGAGGUGGGCAUGGUGAACCGCAACAUGCUGGGCCGCAAGACGCGGUACGCGUACCUCGCCGUCGCCGAGCCGUGGCCCAAGGUGUCCGGGUUCGCCAAGGUGGACCUGGCCACCGGCGAGCUGACCAAGUUCGAGUACGGCGAGGGCCAGUUCGGCGGCGAGCCCUGCUUCGUGCCCACCGAGGGCGCGCUCUUCCACGGCGAGGACAACGGGUACAUCCUCUCGUUCGUCCGCGACGAGCGCGCCGGCACCUCGGAGCUCCUGGUCGUGAACGCCGCCGACAUGCGGCUGGAGGCCACCGUCCAAAUCCCCUCCCGCGUCCCCUACGGCUUCCACGGCACCUUCAUCGGCGCCCCGGAGCUCGAGGCCCAGGCCUGAGCAACCAAUUAACCAAUUACCAACCAUGGUUUCUUGAUUCCUUGGUUCUUUCCACCUUCCCGGUCCAUUGUUGCUCCUCUCCUCUCCUCUCCUCUCCAGGCACCUUGGAGCUGGAAGCAGAGGAGGGAGAAAUCUGGAGGGAAAGGCUUUACCAGAGGGAGCCUGAUGCGUACAUAGGAGAUCCCCGGAGCCUUCUCCCCCAUGCAUUGCAUUCAGUCAGUCUCACAGUUACAGUUACUAGCGGUUACAGUUGGCAAUCACACUAGUGAUAGAGUCACAGAGAGAGAGCGAAGGGGUCAGCUUGCAGCUUUUGCACUGGUGCUUGUACAGACAGGGUGCCAAGAGCUCAGCUUGGUCUCUGUUUCACCUCCUCCUCCUCCUUGUUGGAGGGAGUAGUAGUCUAGUAGAUAGUGAUAGGUCUCAGCUACUCUGUUCUUGGUGUUGCCACUUGCUCGUAGUAGAGGAAUCGAACCACCCAGUUGCUGCAACCGAGGUGUUGUUGCUGGUCACCCAUGGAUCGUUAUCAUGUAUCCCCUUCAUCCACUGUGUAUAUGAUCAUACAAUGAAGCUUGCGAAAAUCUUUUUGUUUUUAUA